GUCUCCCCUCACAGUAUUUUAUUCUGAGAAGAGGCACGGACUGUUUAUUCUGGUGUAAAGGUCUCGAGGGAAAGAAGAACAUCACCAACUUCAGCCAUGAAUGGCACAGAAGGACCCAACUUUUUUGUCCCCAUGUCCAACAAGAGCGGGUUAGUUCGCAGCCCGUUUGAGCACCCUCAGUACUACCUGGCUGAGCCCUGGAAGUACUCUCUUGUGGCUGCGUACAUGCUGUUCCUCAUCAUCACCGCCUUCCCCAUCAACUUCCUCACCCUCUCUAUCACCGUCAAAAACAAAAGGCUGAGGACCCCUCUGAACUAUGUGCUGCUCAACCUGGCGGUGGCCGACCUCUUCAUGGUCGUUGGCGGCUUCACGGUCACUCUCUACACAUCCCUGCACGGAUACUUCAUCUUAGGGGUCACCGGCUGCAACAUUGAGGGAUUCUUUACCACCUUAGGAGGAGAGAUUGCUCUCUGGUCUCUGGUGGUUUUGGCUAUUGAGCGCUACAUUGUGGUCUGUAAACCAAUGACCAACUUCCUCUUUGUGGAGAAACACGCCAUCGCUGGGCUGGCAUUCACGUGGAUCAUGGCCAUGACUUGUGCUACUCCGCCUCUGCUCGGAUGGUCCCGGUACAUCCCAGAGGGAAUGCAGUGUUCCUGUGGGAUCGACUACUACACUCCCAAGCCUGAGAUCAACAACACCUCAUUCGUCAUCUAUAUGUUUGUCCUCCAUUUCAGUAUCCCCCUCUUCAUCAUUUUCUUCUGCUACGGUCGCCUGCUCUGCACCGUGCGAGCGGCUGCGGCCCAGCAGCAGGAGUCUGAGUCCACCCAGAGAGCGGAGAAAGAGGUGACGCGUAUGGUUAUAGUCAUGGUGAUCUCCUUCCUGGUGUGCUGGGUGCCCUAUGCCUCCGUGGCUUUGUACAUCUUUGGCCAUCAGGGAGCCGAGUUCGGACCAGUGUUCAUGACCGCUCCGGCCUUCUUCGCCAAGAGUUCUGCUCUGUACAACCCAGUCAUCUACAUUCUGCUGAACAGACAGUUCAGAAACUACAUGAUCACCACGGUGUGCUGUGGAAAAAACCCCUUUGUAGACUUUGAGGGCUCCGAGGCUGCCACCUCCAAAACUCAGACUUCAGUUAUAUCCAGCCAGGUGGCCCCUGCUUGACCGGUCCCCCCCCCCUUCAAUGUCCCAUCUGUCACUGCACACCUAGAGACCCACCACCGCCAGCAGCACUACGUUUUAUUGGCCAAUCCUCUUGACUUACCUCUCCAUGUGUCUUCUCUGCCCCGGCACAACCGCACUUUUGGUGGGACUAACAUACUCAGCAUGUGUUUUCAAUCCAUUUAAUCAUGGAAAGUGUUCAGCUGGCUUCACAGUGUUUAACCCGGCAUCAAGGGGGUGUUGUGAUGAUCCAGCUGAACACUUUCCAAGCUCCCCACUACCCAAAAACACAUAAUACCACCGCAUGAGUUCAUCCACAUCAACUCUUCAAGUAAUUGUUGCAUAUAUAUAUAUAUAUAUAUCCCCAAAAUGCGCGUUUAACAAUCCAUUUUAUGAUUACUUAAGUGAAAUUAGUCAUGAAUUUGUUGAGUUUUUAAGGUAUCAGAUGGGGGCUGUCGUCUGGUCUCCCCUCUUGUCUUUAUGGUGAUGACGCUGGGGUUGUUAGUUUGUGCUUGGCAUUGAGACAUGAGUGUACACAGAUGGACCUGAAAAGAGCCUCUGCAGCGAGAGGGUGGAUGCAUGCAUGCAUGCAUCUCUGUGUGUGUGUGUGUGUGUGGUGGAUGUCAGAAUGCAAUGUAUUUAUUAAAGAGAGAUGGGGAUAUUAUUUUGUUUAUUAUGUUUUCUUGUGGAAGUUGUUCUAUGUCCUGUAAUAAAAACAAAGCUAAAUGUCUGCACAACCUUUACAUAACUCACAUUUUCACGAGAACGUUUACAAGGCUCUCUGAGAAGUUCCAGAUGCUAGUUUGUGUGCAUUUGGGUGGCAGGCCAGAUCUUAAUGGUUUUCAAAUGUUGUUAAAAUGUGCUAUGCUGUAAUGAAUGUAUAAAUGAAGCAC